GACCCAUACAAUAGGUGACCGCGGUCCGAUAGUAUACAGUUCACGCGCAGGGUAUAACACAAAGGGAAUUGGAUGGAAUGACUGUAUAGGCCGGCUUCAGGUAGCCCGGUGUGAGGAGGGUAGAAUAUCACCGUACAUAGUAACGCGGGUGACCAAGAAGGGGUGUUGUAGGUAGCACAGCCAGGAAAGCUACUGCGUGCACACAAACUCACACUCAUGGAGGCGAGACCGAACCUGCAAGAACCACGAACGGAGUGCUAUAUACCAUGACGUUGUGGAGGUACCCCAAGGUGGACUGAUGUGACGUAGUAUCUGCCCGUGACGUCAUGGCAUAUUCAUCAUGGCGGCUGGCAGACAAGCGGUACCUCGUCACCCCCAAGGUCAUUCGCGCUGACCUCCGCAGCCGGGGCUUCAAGGCCGUCCCGGAGGAAGUCGUCCAACUCCGAGACGUCGAAGUCUUAGAUCUCUCCAACAACGACUUGGCUCUGUUGCCUCAACAACUACGCUUCCUCACGCGUCUGAAAGAACUGAGACUUGCCAGCAAUAGUCUGAAAGUGUUGCCGUCCGUGGUACUGACAUUCCAGCGGCUGGUCGGGCUGCAUCUUUACCAAAAUGAACUCUCGUCCCUUCCGGAAAGAUUCGGUCUCCUCACAACCAUCCGGGUACUUGACUUGCGCGGAAACAAGUUCGCUGUGUUUCCGUCGGCCAUCUUGUCCCUCACGCAGCUGAAGGAGUUGAACAUCUCUCAAAACAAGAUAGCGGUGGUUCCAGACAACAUCGAGAAACUAUGGCAACUCACUGACUUACUGAUGGACCACAACCAGUUGUCCUUUCUCCCAGAAACAUUGGGGAACUUGUCACAACUCAGGGAACUACGAGUCCAGGGAAACCCGCUUGUGUGCGUUCACCGAAAUUCCUAA